GCAGGGUCAAGGAAAAACAUUGGGGAAAGAGUAGAUGGGUGUACAAAAAUGGAAACCAUACUUUUAGUAGCUCAGAAAGUGAAACUGAUGAGUGACAUGGAGUUGAAGAGAGCGAGGAUAACGUUUGUAAAAAAUAAAAAAUGGAGGAGAGGAUUUGGAGCUGCAAGGGUUGGAGGUUGAUGUGUCUGUGAAGAAAGGAAUGGUUCCUGCCCAGUGGGAGUGAGAUUGUUGGAGAGAUCCUUGCCUUCUGGCUGAUUACAUAUGUGGUGUCAGGUUGGAAGAGAGUUUGGUGACCGAGUCAGUGAAAGGAACUUGAGGUGGACUUGCGCUGUUUAAAAAAAAAAAAAAAAUCUGUCCAGAGGGAAUGGGUGCUCGUCACCACGCGCCUGGGGACAACCGUGACCUGCUUUGCUCUCUGGGAGUGCGGAGCGUUGAAAGGAGUGAUACCUGGUGAAGUGUUAAGGAGAAUCAACUGAAAUGGAAGAUUCCCGGUGUCUGAUACCUGCCGUUUAGUGCGUCGCAGGCUCCGUGGAGAGUGUGAAACGGAAGUGUGCAGUCCGGGCAUGAGACAAAGGAAUGUGUAGUAUCGGUGGGAAAAGAUCCCUCAGUUUGAAGAUGUCAAAUUUGAGGCUGCAAGUCUUCUGUCAGAGCUCUAUUGCCAACAGAAUCUGGUUGACUCUGCAAAGCCCUUGCUGCGGAAGGCCAUUCAGAUCUCCCAACAGACUCCCUACUGGCACUGCAGAUUACUCUUCCAAUUGGCGGUACGUCAAUCUAACGACUAAACCUCAACUGCACACGCUGGAGAAGGAUCUAGUGUCAGCCUGUGACCUCCUGGGGGUCGGGGCAGAGUAUGCCCGGGUAGUGGGCUCAGAGUACACCAGAGCCCUCUUUCUUUUGAGUAAAGGAAUGCUGCUGCUGAUGGAGAGGAAGCUGGGGGAGGUGCACCCCCUGUUGACUCUGUGUGGGACCAUCGUGGAGAACUGGCAGGGAAACCCCAUCCAGAAGGAGUCUCUCAGGGUCUUCUUCCUGGUGCUGCAGGUCACACACUACCUGGACGCUGGACAGGUGAAGAGUGUGAAGCAGUGUCUGAAGCAGCUGCAGCAGUGCAUCCAGACCAUCUCUACACUCCACGACGAUGAGAUCCUACCCAGUAACCCUGCCGACCUGUUCCACUGGCUGCCCAAGGAGCACAUGUGUGUCCUCGUCUACCUGGUGACAGUCAUGCACUCCAUGCAAGCAGGCUACCUGGAGAAGGCCCAGAAAUACACAGACAAAGCUCUGAUGCAACUGGAAAAGCUCAAAAUGCUGGACUCCAGCCCCAUCCUCUCCACGUUCCAAGUCAUCCUACUGGAACACAUCAUCAUGUGUCGACUCGUCACUGGUCACAAGGCCACGGCACUGCAGGAGAUCUCUCAGGUGUGUCAGCUGUGCGCUCAGUCCCCAAGGUUGUUCACCAACCACGCAUCCCAGCUACACACCCUGCUAGGUCUGUACUGCAUCUCCGUGAACUGCAUGGAUAACGCAGAGGCGCAGUUCACUGCUGCCCUGCGGGUGAGUGACCUGACGACGCACCAGGAGCUGUGGGCGUUCAUCGUGACCAACUUGGCCAGCGUCUACAUUAGGGAAGGCAACAGGCACCAGGAGCUUUAUAGCCUGUUGGAGAGGAUAAACCCAGAUCACAACUUCCCUGUCAGCUCUCAUUGUCUGCGAGCAGCAGCCUUCUACAUCCGUGGACUCCUCUCCUUCUUCCAGGGACGAUACAAUGAGGCCAAGCGGUUCCUGAGGGAGACUCUGAAGAUGUCCAAUGCUGAAGACCUGAAUCGUCUGACCGCAUGCUCUCUGGUCCUACUGGGACAUAUCUUCUAUGUGCUGGGGAACCACCGGGAGAGCAACAACAUGGUUGUUCCAGCUAUGCAGCUGGCCAGCAAGAUCCCCGACAUGUCAGUCCAGCUCUGGUCCUCAGCUCUGCUCAAGGAUCUAAACAAGGCGUGUGGGAACACGAUAGAUGCCCACGAGGCGGCUCAGAUGCACCAGAACUUCUCCCAGCAGCUCCUGCAGGACCACAUCGCUGCCUGCAGUCUCCCUGAGCACAACCUCAUCAGUGUGAGGAUUCAUCAAUCAGGCUAUCAAUAUUGGACGGAUGGACCACCUCCAGUGGGCCAGUUUCAGGCACAGAACGGACCCACUACCAGCCUGGCCAGCCUACUCUGAGGAUAGAAGUGAAGGGAAAGAAAAGAAGAGGGAGACUCGUAAUGCUGCUGAUCUGCAUACAGCCUGGAUGCCGGUCUGUUUGAACAUUGUUGUUACCAUGCCAACGAGAAGCGCUAAUUAAUGCUGAAAUGGAAUACUACAGAGAGAGAGAACCACCGGACAUUUAAUGAAAGUAGAGUACCUUAGAGUUGAAACCUCACAUCUAAUCUUAAUUUUUUUUCUCGCGUUUUUACUGAUAUCCACAUGGCAGUCAAAGCUAGCUUUUUGGUCUAGCCGGUGGUGUGUAUGGUUGACUUUGAAUUGCUGACAACAAGGGUUCCGUAGAAGGUUUUUACAUACAGAGAAAAGACACCGCCCCUACCCCAAGCUCAGAGCAGAACAAUAAACCAGUGAGAAGACAGUCACUGGAGCGAGAGAACUUUAAAACAUGGUUAGGUCCUACACAAGUCCUAGUGGGCAAUAAAGGCAUUGGAUUGGGUGAAUAUUUUAGUCGUUUUUAUUAUUUGUGUUUUUACUCAACUUUUUAAUGGCAGCGGUGUUGGCACCCCCCUUUUUUCCGCAUCUAAAAAGUAUUGUCCACCUGAACUCUACUACAGUACCCAUUGCAGCCAGAGGGGGGCACUGCAUAGUCAUAUUUGAGAAACCUGUUGGUGAAAUGGCAAAGGACACUUAGUUGUAUUUUAUGAAACAGUUUUUAAAUGGUGAUAGGUUUUUCAAGAAUACCACAAUUCUUAUUCACUGUAAUUAUAUGUGAAAGUCACUUUUUUCUUUGUAUGGUGUUUCACAAUGCUGAUUCUUAUUUUCCAGACUUACAAACCAUUUUGCAAUGACACCUAUGUGUUGUAAAUAUUAACAAUUUAUUUUACCAAAUGAAUCAUUUAUUAGAUUUUGUGAAGUUUAACUAUUUAUAUACCAGGUUUGACAAUAUAUUAGUUUCACUUUUCUUUCUUUAUGCAGAUAUGUUUUUAUAAUAUGGCAUGUGAACAUUUAGACUUUUUUUCCCAUUGUGUAUUUUGCUGUUUCUUAUGAAUGAUUUAAACAUGUAGAAGCUAGGUUUGGUCAGUUGUGGAGCAAACUGCUCGAGCUACGACAGCCUUAUCAAGUCUUUUAUACUAUGGGGUUAUUAUGGGUUGGUUAUUUUCUUUGCUGGUAUUGUUUUAAAUAAUUCGAAACGUUAUCAAGAAAAGUGUCAAAUAGAAUUGCUAAAGGAAAUUGAGUUAUUUUGCAUUAAUUUAAAAAGAAAAUGUAAAAAAAGAAUGCUGAUCUGAACACUCCAACAUACAAACGUUACCUUCAACUUUUCUUUUGAGACCAAAUAAAUAGGCUAUUACAGAG